GUGCCGAUUACUUUUUAAUUCUUGUAUGCAGUAUAGAUGAUGUAUUAGUUCUGACACUUCGGACACCUGUUGUUGCAUGAUGACGAAUGAAUGGAGGGCGCUGGACUGUAUCAAAUGCACAGUAAGAGAUUUCAUUGCAAGGCUUAGUUUCAGAUAUACAUCCUUUCUCUUUUCCGGCCAAAGAUUCUUAAAUAGAUGACUCAACGGUAUCAAGAUGCACAACAAUACAUCAUCAAUGAACCUGUCAUGCCCUAGAGAGAACACCACAGUGGAAUACACCUACACGCUGUACUCCACCUUCUACCUGAUCAUCUUCAUCCCUGGCUUGCUGGGAAACAGUGUGGCCCUCUGGAACCUGUGCAUGUUCCUCAACAAAAAGAGCAAAGCGGUCAUCUUCAUGAUAAAUCUGGCCCUUGCUGACCUGGUGCACGUCUUCUCCUUGCCCUUACGAAUCUACUAUUAUAUCAACCACGACUGGCCCUUCGGCAAUACUUUGUGUUUGUUGUGCUUCUAUCUGAAAUAUCUCAACAUGUAUGCCAGUAUCGCCUUCCUGGUUUGCAUCAGCAUCCAGCGCUGUGUCUUCCUCAUCAAUCCCUUCCGAGUCAAGAACUGGAAACGACGCUAUGACAUGGGGAUCAGUGUGGUGCUGUGGCUUUUGGUUGGGGCUGGGUGCUCCCCUUUCAUCCUAAUGAGGAAAAACUCUAUGGCGAGCAGUGGCUGCUUCAAAGACCUCCCCACGCGCAAAAUCAAUCUGAAGCUCUCGGUGGCCAUGAUGACCUUUGCAGAGUUGACGGGCUUCGUCAUCCCCUUGGUGAUCAUCGUCACCUGCUCCUGCUUGAUCAUGCAGUCCCUGAAGGACAGCUCGGUGUUCAAGAAGGACAGCGACAAGAGGAAGGCUCUCCGCAUGGUGCUCAUGUGCAUGCUCGUCUUCCUGUUGUGCUUCGCCCCUUACCACAUCAAUUUCCUCUUCUACCUUAUGACUGGCCAGGACAUCAUCACAAACUGCCCCCUGCGGAAAGCCAUCCGACAGUUCCAUCCCAUCUCUCUGUGCCUCGCCAGCCUCAGCUGCUGCCUCAACCCUAUAAUGUACUAUUUCCUGACGACCGAGUUCUCCCAGCUCUCCCAUCGAGGCAGCAUCAUGAUCCGUAAACGUCUGAUGAGCCGGGAGAGCGCAUCCUCCAUUAAGGAAUAGGAACACUGUGCAGGACCACACAGUAAAAAAAGACUAGAAUGAAUAGCGACUUGAACAACAAGACUCAUUUCUAUUAGAAAUGUAAACCAGUUUCCUUGUUUGAUGUUGGACAAGUGUUGAACAAACAACAGAAACACCUACAGUAUGCUAUGUAGCACAUACUUUGAUAGUAAGCACUCAAAAGAGAUGACUCUGGGGGUCCAUUUUGAACAACACACUUUGUGACACACUUCCUGAAAGAUAUUAGUGUUAAUUCAGGAACGGCUACACAUUCCUCCACAGCAAUUGAAUCAACACCAAUCUUGCUGACCAUGGUGGUACAACACCUAAGUGAUACUGUUAUGGCAGGUUUUUUUUUUAUAUGUAUUUUUAUUUUAAAAAGGUCAACCCCAGCAGUACCAUACUGUGAAAUAAUGCAAUGCACCAUUAUUAUAGAGAAAUAUAUAUGCUCAUGUUACAUAUGUAGACAGACUUUUGAGUCAUAAAAUUAAUCUUAUAAGCUGGUAUAUAGUUGAUAAAUCUAACUCAAUGUGUCUUAAUUUAGGUCUAACCUAAAACCCGAGACAUAGCUUGACUGUUCUACCUAGAAAUUGCAUUGAUGAUUUAUAAAAGGAAUAAACAGUAGGUGGGGCUGGCAGAGUUGAAAGGCAGAUUGAGAGAAACAAUAAGAACUCAGUAUUGAACCAACAAAACCCAAAAGCACUUCAAAUGAUUGCAAACACCAUAAUAAAGUAGGAGAAAUAAAUAAAUAAUAAAAGAUUACAAAUAAUUCAAUCAUAUUUGAUUGGCAGUAGUUGUUGGCAGUUUGAUGCAUACAAACUUUUUUUUUUUUUUUUUAAAUUAACAGGAGUUUGCAUAGCCUGCAAAUGAAGUUUCUACAGGUAUUAUUAUCUUUUUCACCAUUUUGUAUUAAAUAUGUUUGUAUUCGCUUUUAUGUGCCGUGUAUGAGAGAAGUUGCCUUGCCAAGACUUUGAAAACGCAUAUAUGCAUUGUUAAAUAUAGCAUAGAUAGGAAACUUAACACAGGACAAUUAUCCAAGCAGUGACUGGAGGAGUUAUAGGCAGAUUGAAGUCUUGAAGGUACUGUAUUGUGUAUCAAAUGCUGACCCAUUUCCCCAAUUUCAGACCACACACAUUAUUAGAUGCCUUUGGAAUACAAGGCCGUGGGUUUACUGAGUAAAUAGCAGUCUAGAUUUCAGUGAACAUUGUACUGCUUGUAUGUAGUUUUUCUCCAUUUCACAGGAUGUCUAUUGUUGUAUAUAUUUCAAAGUCGACAGUGAGCUAUGUAAAUAGACACAGCAGAGCCUGGUGUAAGCUACUUGACACACUGAAGUGUAUGCAAUAAAAAAACAACAACUCUUGAA